AUGCAAGUGGCAGAAAUUUUAUCCGAUAUUACCUCGCUGCGUGCUUGUGGACACACGGAGGCCCUCGCUCUUGUCACGGUGGCUUCUGAAGAUACGCGAGCUGAAAGGAAUCAAUCUGUGACCGCAGGUCAUCAAGACUCUAAACUCGGAGCUCUGCAAAGGGCCAAGGAACUGGUGUCCCUGCACUACGAGGUCAAGUCACGGCACGCUAAUGGCGAGGUUGACCAUGAGCUACAACAAGCCAGAGAAGCCGUUGAACGGGUUCUGAGAGAGGUGUCGUGA